CACUGGCUGCUAUAUUUAGCCGCCCCGAGACUUGGCUGGCCCCGGUAUGGUCGGCUGGUAUGGCUGGCCCGUCUCCUGUGUCACUCUGGCCGGCUGUGAGGAGGUGUACACAGGGUGUAGCUACUCACCAUUAACAACAAGACUCCGCUGGGCUCUGGCAUUGGUUCGGAGCGGCUUGAGGACAGACGGAGGUCGAAAACGCGUCUGAUCAACCUCCGUCGGGACGGGCGACGUUGACUUCAGUUGAACCGAGGGGUGGCGGGGGGCCAUGCUGUCCGGAUCCUGCUGCUGAGAUAGCAUGGCGUCGGAGCGCAGCCGCAGAGAUGGAGAGCUGUCCAGGGGCUCCAUCCCUCUGGACAUCGACGACGUGCAGCUCCUUCUGCAGGUGGAGCAGGUACAGAUCCAGAAGAGGACCUUCACCAACUGGGUCAACGCCCAGCUGGCCAAGAGGAAGCCUCCCUGCGCGGUCGGAGAGUUGUUCUCAGACUUCUGUGACGGCUCCCGUCUGUUGGACCUGCUGGAGGUGAUGAGUGGCCAGAGGAUGAGCCGUGAGCGAGGCAGAGGAAUCUUUCAACACCGCAGCAACAUAGAGACGGCCCUCAACUUCCUGAAGAGCAAGUCUAUCAAACUUGUCAACAUAAACAUUCCUGACAUCAUCGAUGGUAAACCCUCCAUCAUCCUGGGUCUCAUCUGGACCAUCAUCCUGCAGUACCAUAUCGAGGAGCUGGCCAGCAGCCUGUCCUUCAGCUCCCGCCAGUCCUCCAUGGAGUCGCUCGCCAGCCUGGACACGCGCUCCAGCCUCUCCAGCUUCUCCAGCGUGGACUCUCUCUCCGGGGCCUCUCCCCGGAGCAGCCCCCUUCCCGGUCGGAGGGCCUCGCCCCUCCACAACCGCUUCAAGGUCUCCGCCAAGAAGGCCCUACUGCUCUGGGUGCGAGAGCAGUGCCACAAGGCUGGCUACACCCUGACCGUCAAAGACUUUAAGGCCAGCUGGAGGAGCGGGGUGGUGUUCCUGGCCAUCCUUUACUCCCUGAGGCCCGACCUGGUGGACCUCUCCAAGGCCAGGAACCGGAGCAACCUGCAGAACCUGGAGGAGGCGUUCGGCCUCGCAGAGAGAGAGCUCCGCAUCCCCAGACUGCUCGAGCCCUGCGAUGUGGACGUUCGCGACCCAGAGGAGAAGUCUAUCAUGACCUACGUGUCUCAGUUCCUGCAGUACUCCCGGGAUCUGCCCAUACCAGAGGAGGGCGUGCAGUAUCUGAUGCCUCCAAAGACUCAUUCUCCUAUUAACCUUCCCGUUCACUACACUCCUGCUGUUUCUGACUCACCUCUGCGACAGGCCACGCCCAAUCAGAAGGCACAGGAAGUGACAUGCUGGCUGCUGCAGGCCUAUGAGGAGCUGCUGGAGGGCUGGGACUCCACGGAGGGAGAGAGCUACGCUGAAAGAUACCAUGUGUUCCAGACCUUCUUGGUCUCCUUCAACGAGCAGCGGCGGCCCGUCAUGCCGUUGCUAACGGCGAUGAAGCGCAGCGUGAAAGUCAGCGAGGAGCAGCGGGCGCUCAGAGAGGCCUGGGACGCCCUCGCCGAGAAGCUGCGGGAGUACAAGGUCCAGCUGGACGUGGGCCUGCCGGCUCCGCUGGCCCCGGUGGGCGCCUGGCUGCUGCGGACGGAGGGCGCGCUGACGGACCUGGAGCCCGACCCGCUGGACCCGGGCCGCGCCGCGCAGCAGGCCCGGCACAGCCAGGAGCUGCUCAACGCCUGUCUGGAGGAGAUGCCCCAGCAGGUGCGGAACUUCCAGAUGUUCCAGAAUGUGGACGAGAGCGGGAACCUUCUGGUUCCGACGGACAAACUGGACGAGAUGAAGAGAAGGUUCACCAGUGUGAGAGUGACCGCUAAGUACCAUGGCAUCAAGCUGGAGUACCAGGAGCAGAGACACACCGUUCUGGAGCUGCUGGCUCGCAUCAGACCCAAGCUGAGGUCCUGGAGAAGGCCAUACGUUUCCCAGGAGUCCGUCCGUGUUCUGUUACAGGAAUGGCAUGAGUUGGUGAACGAACAGCAGCUCCCCUCCCUGCUGGAGGCAGCGCUGCAGAAACUCAAGCAUGUGUCUGGGAAGUACAGCAGCAAGUCUGCACUGGCCGCCGACUACGGGCAGGUGAAGCAGCAGGUGGAGGAGGUGGAGGAGGAGUCCCAGGAGCUCCAGGAGGGGGUGGCGGGGGUGAAGAGCAGCCUGGCCAGGGUGCUCUCUGCCUGGGAGUCCUUCAGCGACACGCUGAGCUCCCUGAUGGCCUGGCUGGAGCAGGGCAGCCUCGCACGCCCACCACAGGUGUCGUCUGAAGCCAUGUCGGAGUGGAGCUCUCGGCAGACUCACCUGAACCAGGUAGGGGAGUUCCUGAUGGAGGUCAGCGACCCCCAGACCACCCGGACCCUGGCCGACGACCUCCGCAGGAUCAACCAGCGCUGGGCUCGCUUCCUGCAGGCCGCCCCCGCCGUGGAUGAGUCCGAAGCAGCCCAGCCCGCCAGUCCCCCAGACCUGCAGGUUCUGAUCCGGGACGCCAUGCUGAUCCUGAAGGAGCCCCUGGAGACCAUGUCUGGGCCACUCCAGACCUACCGCAAGAGGAUCCAGUUCAUGUUGAAGAAGAUGAGGGAUGUGGAUCUGGAAACUGAGGACUUUCCAGAACUCUCCGCUGAUCAGCGACAGAAGCUGACCCAGGCCAUACCUGAGGUGCUGCAGACGUUGUCAGAGGCUGAGCAGGUGUGUGUCGAGCUGCAGCAGAGUGUGUGCGGUCUGGACGGCCGACUGGCAGAGCUGCUCCACUGGGAUGUGGAGGCCAGGGAGCUGUACCAAGUCCUGAAGGCCAGGGAGAGGAGACCCCAGAGGGCCCAGGACCCCCGGGCCAGGGUGUUCAUCUCGCGGGGCCUGCAGCUGGAGGGCCAGGUGGUGACAGAGGAGCAGGACCUGCAGGUGAUGGUCAUGAUGAGCCAGAAGAACUCGCCCGUCCAGUACGUCCACGCGUCGGCCAUGCAGCACCGCGUUCGGGCCGCCGUCGCCCAGUCCCAGGCGAUGGUGGGGAUGCUGAGCAGCCUGGGAGCCAGGAGAGACCGCAGCCAGAGCCCUCCAGAGGACCGGACUCCCCAAACGAAGACCUUCGUGGCGCACGAGGGCGAGCCGGUGGAGAAGAGAGCCAGGGUGCUCUCCGUUGCUCCCCCUUUGACCCAGCAGAAGGCUCCUGAACCCCGGGCCGAGCCCAGAGGACUACAGCAGCAGCAGGUCCCAACAAUAGUGGUCCAGGAAUACAGAGAGAAGGCAAAGCUGAGCUCCCCACCGCUGCCAUACUCCUACGCCCAGGCCGUGACUCAGACCAGACCUGAUUCGGCACUAUCUCAGGAGUCCUACCGGGAUUCUAUGCAGGAGCUUGAAGAGAGACGGAUUGAGGCUCAGGAACAAGCAUGGGCUCAACAGAAACACGAACAAGAGCAACAGUUCAGAUGGCAAGAGCAACAACAGCUGGAACAGCAGCUCAAGCAACAACAACAACAGCAACUACAUCAACAACAACAGCAACAGCAAUUAAAGCAACAACAACAACAGCAACUACAGCAACAACAACAGCAACUACAGCAACAACAACAACAACAACAACAACAGCAGCAACUACAGCAGCAACAACAGCAGCAACACCAACAACAACAGCAACAGCGACAGCAACAACAACAGCAUCAUCAGCAACCACAGCAACAGCAAAAACAACAGCACCGACAACCCCAAAGACAACAAAAGUUUCCACAACAGAUGGAGCAGCAGGAUGUCCCCCAGCAGAAACCGCCAGUUCACCCAGAGGCGCCGAUCCACAAGCACAUGGGGGCUCGGGCCAAGGAGCUCCCAGAGGCCACGCCCCAGCCGCCCAGGCAGCAAGAUGAGCAGAAGAAGCCUCUCAGCCAGAAGGAGCUCCAAAGCAGAAAGGCUCAGGGUAGGAAGAACCGCCCGUGGCUCCAGAAAAAGCCUUCAGAUGAACAGGAUGCAGCUGUAGUGUCAAACCAGGCCCGGACGGCCCAGGAAAUCCCGUCCACCGAUCUUCCAAUUAAAUCCCCCUCUUCCCCUCCGACUGAGGCGCCUCCUUCUGCCCAGGCUCCGGCUCAGGUCCAUGUGCCAGCUCCAGGCCUGGUUUUCCCUUCGACCCAGGCGUCUUCUUCACCACAACCGGCUACCUCGGCCCAGGUUCAAACGCAUCCGGAGAAAGACUCCGGGUCCCUGGCUCCGGUUCCGGUGGAUUCCCAGCUCAAAAGAGCACAAACGGCCCAGCUGGAGUCACAAGCCAAAACCAUGAAGCAAACAAAACCAGAACAGACAAAACAGCAGCAAAGGCAACCACAACAGAAGCAGCCUGCACAACAACCCCAACCACAAAAACAACCACAGCAGGCUAAGAAAGAUGCUCAACCGCAGCCAGCUGCCACAGCUAAAGUACAGACUACGGUGCAAGGCCCAAGACCACAGUCCGAGACCCAGCAUCCAAGGGGUGAACAGGCCCAACCACAAGCUGAUAUUGAUUCUCAAUCUCAGCCAAGUGCCCCCGCCCAAGUGAAAACAUCAAGCCCAGCCCCGCCCCAGGUGCAACCUCAACAACUUCAACUGCAAGGUCAAACACAGCCACCUCGGAGCCCCAUACAGUCUCUCACGCCUACCCAAAUGGAGAUUCAGGCCCAGAGUCAACUACAGUCUCAUACAUGGUCCCAAGGCAGACCUCAGACUUCACUGCCUCUCCCAGGACAGCCUCAAGCUCCAAGCCAAGCCCAUGCUAUGGUCCAGGGCCAGACGUUGGCUCAAAUCAGGCCAACUUCCCCCAUGCAGGGUCAACUUCCAGGCUAUAUUCAGCCUCCAAUACCAUCUCACAUCCAGAUGCGCAGUCAACAUCAGUCAUGGGCUCCAGUCAGGCCUCCCUCCCCUCUGCCUCCCAAGGCGCCCAUGCAGGCCGAGACACCAGCCCAUGGCCAACACGUUCAGCCUCAACCUGUCAUGCAACCUCCUUCUCAUAUCCCUCCCACGGCUCAGACACUAUCCCACGUCCAAACGGUGACUCAACAGAAAAUUGAUGCACCUAGAAUGCAUCCUCAGGCAACUCAACAGCACGUUCACAUUGGCCCGAGCCCACAGGCUUGGGCUCCAAUCAGAGUCCCAUCUCCAAUGCAGACACAUUCUCCAGUGCCGCCUCCUCCAUUUUCUCAAUCGCCAGUGCAGCCUCAGAUUUACCCGGCAGAAUAUCCCCAAAGUCAAUCUCCACAACAGCAGUGGGUCCCGAGACAGGAGCAACAGAUUCAGCAUUAUUCACAGUGGGGGCAGCCUCUUCCCCAAGCCUUCCAGGAGAACACGGUUCAGCCCAUUCUACCUCCUCAGGUGUAUCCUACAGCCCCGCCACAGCAAUGGGCACCGUUCCAGCCUCAACAAGGGCCCCAGCAGGGACACCCUGGCUACCCUCCCUAUCCAGCACAGCAUCCUCAACAACCGUCUCAGCCACAACCACAAACACAGCCAUGGGCCCACUCCCAGGGACAGACGAUUCCCCAGAGGCCGAUGCAACAGCCACUGACGAGAGCGUACAAUCUGAGUCAAACGCAGACACAAGUUCAGCACAUUCAGCAAGAACCUUGGAUUCAACCUCAGCCACCAGCCCAACCCCACUCACAGUUCCAGCCUCAAUCCCCCCUUCAGCCUUGGUAUCCACCGGGGCAACCUGAACGCCAAGCGCAGUCUCACCCUCAGACUGAGCCCCCGAGCCAUCCGUCUCACCGGGAGCCACAUCAGGCUUCCCACAUCCACCGGCCUCAGCCUCUGCAGCAGGCCCCCGUUCAGCCUCAGAAACAGUUACAGACCCCCCCACAGCCACCUCAGCUCCAACACCCGCUGCCCCAACUGCAGGCCCAGGUGAUCCCCCAACCCACAACCCAGACUCGGACGACUAUUCAAACCAAGGUUAUGACACAGUCAACUGUACAGGUCACACCUGUACCCCAGCCAACUGGUCAACCCAAAGCCCAGACACAGUCCACACCACAACCUAGUCCUAGCCAGGCCCAGACAAUUCCUCAAACUCCGAGCCAGAAACAGCCAACACCCAAUGUCCAGAAACAGAGAGAGCCCCAAACCACAGCCCUGCCAACUGUACAGUCUACAUAUGUGGCCCAGCACUCUGGACAACCCUGGCCACAGGUCCAAGUCCAGGUACCGACAGUGCCACAGACAAAAUCCCAGACCCUGCCAACUGGAGUUGCUGAAGGUCCGAUGCAGAUGGGUCCACAAACCACAGCCCUGCCAACUGCACAGUCUACAUCUGUUACUCAACAGAUCGGACAACCCAAAGUCCAGAUCCAGACGGUGCCGCAAACCCCAUCCCAGACCCUGCCAGCUGUCCUGCCUGUAACAGAGGCCCAGCCAACUGUGCAGCCUACCACACCAUCCCAGCUCCUUGGCCAACCAAACGCCCCCACACAGGUUGCAGUACAGACCAUACCCCUGCCGACCGCACAUACUAUGGUUCCGUCACAGCCAGCUGUACUCCCCACCGCACUGGCCCCGCCCACCAGUCCGCCGAGGACCCAGGCCCACCACACUGUGGCGUCCACAGCCAUGGCUGAGCCACCACCGCGACCUAAAGUCCUCCAUCCCACACCCCAGAUCCUCUCCCUGCCCCAGACUCUGGGGGACUCUCCAGAGCUCCGCAUCAAACCUCAGGCACUGGUCCAGGCGACCCCCCAGGCGUACACCGAGGCCUACGCCAAGGCCCAGGCCCUCGCCAGGAACGGCUUUGAGGACGCCAAGCACUGCCUGCAGCAGCACAUCCUGGAGGCCAUCAACGUCUUCACGGACAAACGUCCGUCCAGGGAACCAGCAUCGUCCAAAGAGGAGUCUCUGAGGACCCUGGACCCGGACCUGCUGGAGGGGUUCCUCAGGGCUGCCGAGAGCAUGGAGGCCUUCUGCACCCCCUCCCAGCUCCAGGACAUGGAGCUGUUCACCCAGUCGGUCCAGAUGCAGUGGGAGGCGGUGAGAACAGAGAUAUCACGUUUUAAGCAGCAAGUACAGCAUGAAGUAACAAAGGAAGCCUUUAACACAGCUGCUCUACAGUGUGAUACGCACCUGGGACCGUCCCGGCUGACGUUCCCCCCCUCCCCCCCCCCCCCCCCUCCAUGUCCCCUACAGGAGUGCUUCUCGGCGCAGGGCAGCGCGGCCCAGGCGGGGGGGCACCUGGAGGCCCUCAGGGAGCUCUGUGGGACCCUGAGCCCGGAGGACUCCCACCGCCUCGCCCAGGCCCAGCUGAGGGAGUGUGAGACGAGGCUGGCCGCCAUCCAGAGGCAGUUCAGCGGGGAGGCGGACCCCCCGGCGCCGACGCAGCCCCCCGAGACCGGAAUUCCCACCAAACCCAGUCAGGACGCAGUCCCACAGCGGGAGACCAGUAGCGCCCGACCAGCGGGCCCAGCUGAGGCGUCCGACGUGAUGGUGAAGAUGAGUAGUGAGGAGAGGAGUGAGAUGGAGAGGCAGCCCUCGGUAGAGGAAGACCUGGUGCAGAGGGAGCUUUCAGAAAGAUACGAGAACUCAAAGAAGUCUUUGCUCGCUCAGAUGGCCAAAAACGAACAGAUCCUCCAGGAGCUGUCCGGAGAUUCCGUCUCCCUGAAAGGCCUGCACACACGGCUCCAGGAAAUACAGUUACUGAGGCAAGAGACGGAGGCGCUGUGGUCGGAGUUCUCCACCCAGUGCCCCCAGCAGGGCACCACCAGGCCCGGGGCGGAGCAGGAGAGGGCGGAGCUCCGCGAGCGCUGGCGCGCCCAGCUGGUGGAGCUCCAGCGGCGGGGGGGCGCGCUGGGCGCCGCGCUGCGGCAGAUCGACUCCACCCAGAACCACAUGGUGGACUUCAUCGACCGGCUGGACCGCUACCUCCGUCAGCCCAAGGACGUCUCCGCCUUCACCCUGGCCAGCAGCACCGUCGGCGACAUCAAGGAGCUGGACGACAGCAUCCAGAGCGAGCUGGACCAGCUGUCGCGCCUGGACCCGGUGGACUCCAGCAGCCUGGCCUCGCUGUCCCAGGAGGUGGCCUCGCACCGGGCCAGCCUGGACCAGCUCCGGCAGCAGGUGCGCAAGAGCGAGGCGGCGGCGCGCGCCCUGGACCGCUUCCUCAUGUCCCUGCGCAGCGUGGAGCAGGACGUGGCCGGGGUGCAGUCGGCGCCCUGCGGCGACCCCGCCCUGCUGCAGGAGGCCCGGGCCAGGCUGGGGCUCAGCCGGCAGAGCGUGGGCAGCCUGCGGGACAAGGCCCCCCAGCUGGACGUGCUGCUGCAGGGGGCCCGGCUGGUGGUGACCCGGGACGGGGCGCCGGCCUCCUGCCUGGACAUGGUGCUGGUGCUGCAGGGCCGGCUGGAGGAGGCGGACCGCCAGGUGAGCGGCCAGCAGCGGAGCCUCCACCGAGAGGCCGAGUCCCGGUCGCUGGGCCUGAGGGGGCGGAGCCUGCUGGGCGAGAUGAGGCGGCUGACGGAGGCGGCGGAGAAGCAGGGGCUGAAGGAGCCCAACGUGCCCGCGGUGCAGCACAGGCUGAGGGCUCUGUCGGACCUGGAGGUCCAGCUGAAGACCCAGCGCUCAGAGCUCCAGACCCUGACCGACCUCCACGGAGAAGGGGGAGGAGCAGAGGAGCAGCUGCAGCCUCUGAAGGCCCAGUGGGAGGAGACGCAGGCCGCCGUGACGGACAGACUGGAGGAGUGCAACACCCUGAUGGAUCUGCUGAAGAAGUUCCAGGGUUGCCGCGGUUACGUGAGCAGCACCAUGCAGAAGGCGGAGCAGGUGAUGGGAGAGCAGGCGUCCUACAUGGGCAAGGAAAACCUGCAGAGGCUCAUCGCCAAGGUCCACGACAUCAAGGAGGACCUGCGGGGCGUGGGCGUGCGUAUGGAGGAGGUCCGGGUCGUCUCCAGGCAGCUGACGGCCCACCUCAAGAAGAUGCCCGACUGCAGCGAGGCCCCGUUCGAGGCCGAGUCCGACGCGCUGAUGGACGGCUGGCUGGACGUGACGGAGAAGAGCGAGUCGUACAUGGACAACCUGCAGGUGGCGCUGGAGCAGUGGGAGAGGCAGCUGGGGCUGGGGGCGGAGGUGGAGGCCUGGGCGGCGGCCAAGCUGGCCGUGUUCGCAGAGAGCCACCCCUUCCACAGCGAGCAGCAUGUCCUGGACAUGAGGGAUGAGAUCCAGAGCCACGAGGAGAACAUUGAGCGUUUCCAUAAGAAGUCGGUGGAGAUCCAGGAGAUGCUGCAGAGCCAGGAUCCCCCGCUGGAGCUACAGGUGGUGGAGACCCAGCUGAGGAAGAGGAUGGAGCAGGUGCAGGAGCUGUUCAGCGACAGCACCGACGUCUUUGAGGAGCUGAUGGCCGUGAAGAAACACCUGGCUGAGAAGAUCCAGGAGUGCGCUGCCGCCGUGGAGAACAUCCAGACCUCCGUCAACAACGUCUCCACCUCGGAGCCCCGGGCCAACACCCUACUACAGGAUCUGAGUGAGGACCUGGACUUCCAGGAGGAGAAGGCCCAGGGGGUGGUGAGGGAGCUGGACCUGAUCUCCAGCGUGGCCAGCCCCGAGGCCCUGGAGCCCCUGACCCAGGACGCCUCCCGCCUCCAACACGCCUUCUCCCUCGGCAGGGAGCUCAUCCAGAGGAGGAGAGACGACCAGGGGAAGGACCUGGCCACCGCCAUCAGAGACGACAACCAGAGGUUUGAUGAGUUCUUCCAGGACCUCCAGCUGUCAAUCAACGAGUGCUUCGAGAAUCCGGAGAGUCGUGAGGAUGUGGAGACAUCCCUUAACAGACUGACGGGUUUCCUGGAGGCCAGGGAGAGCGAGCGACGGCUGGCCCAGCUGAGAGAGCGUCUGGAUGGGGGCAGGGAGCAGAUCCCUCCCCCUGUCCUGGAGGAGCUCACCUCCUGGCUGGAGGAGCAGCAGAAGGAGGUGUCCACCUUCGCAACCCACUGCAGCAACCGCCAGCAGCAGAUGCAGAGCACCCUCAACACGUUCAAGAGUCUUCAGGAGCAGUAUGAUGCGUUCCAACAGUGGCUGAAGAACAAGGAGGAAGACUCUGUGGAAUCAGACCAAGUCAGCCGUCUGCUCAAAGACCUCCAAGACCAGAGGGGGAGCGCCGAGUCCCUGGAGGAGCUCCUGUCGGCGGUGCGCCGGCAGGGCGUGAGGGCCGACGGUCUGCUGAAGGACGGAGACAACCUGCUCCAGCGCUACCGCAACCUGGAGACCCGGCUCGGGGACCAGCAGAGCCAGGCCCGCAGGGACCUGGAGGGGCAGCGGGAGGAGUUCCGCACCCAGGCUGAGAGCGCCCAGACCUGGAUCAGAGACCUGGCUGAAGGCCUGGCCUCGCCCCACAUCCAGGGACAACACCAGGAGGUCAAACUGGCAGCACAGGCGGUGCUCGUCUCCAGGCCCGACGGAGACGCUCAGGUGGACGACCUGAGACAGCGAGGGCAGAGCGUGUGUAAGUGUGAGGACCUGGAGGAGAGCCGGAGGAGGGAGGUGCAGCAGACGGUCGAGGCGACGGCCGAGCAGUGGAGGAGCGUUCUCCAGAGGGCGGAGGAGUCCCUCCACAGAGCCGAGACCCAGGCGGCCGUAGAGGAGAACCUCGACGACUUCAAGAGCCAGAAGGAGAGCGUCCUGUCCUGGGUCCGACAGCAGGCCCAGACCCUGAGGUCUGUCGGAGGUCACAUGACCUUUGAGGAAAGGCUGCAAAUCCCUCAGAACAUCCUGGCCUCCAAGCCCGCCGGAGACGCCAAACUCCAGGAGCUCCGGAAGCAAGCCGGGACCCUGUGCGGGAACGCGGAGCCGGAGGAGAGCGUCAGGCGGCGGCAGGAGGUCCAGCAGAGCCUCCGGGAGGUGGAGACCCAGUGGGCGGGGGUCCUGCGGGGGGCCGGGGAGGCGGAGAGGAGCACCCUCUCCGAGGACUUCCACCUGCAGAAGAACCGGACGCUGGCGUGGGUGGCGGAGAGGCAGCGGGCGCUGGACGCGCUGGGCAGGCACGCGCCCGCCGAGCAGAGGCGCCGCGCCGCGGAGGACGUCCUGGGCUCCAGACCCGAAGGGGACCGGCAGGUGAACAACCUGAGGAGAGGCGGUCAGGGUCUGUGUGGACGGCUGGAGCAGGAGGACCGCACGAGGAGGGAGGAGGUGCAGCAGGCCGUGCAGGAGGCGGAGGAACGCUGGAGGCUGGUCCUGACCGGCGCCACACAGAGCCUGGAGGAGGCUGAGGCCCAGGUUGCCCUGGAAACGGAGAAGAGGGACGGGGAGCUCAGAGAAUUCAACACUCAAAACCAAGAGGCCACCAUGUGGAUUGGAGCACUACAACGGAAGCUCACAACUUUAGCAGAACAAACCAAUGCUGAGGACAGACUUCACAGUGCACAGACCAUCCUGAGCGUCAAACAAGAGGGAGAAGCCAAGAUGGCAGCACUUCAGAGCCGCGUCAAUGACCUGUGUGAGAAUGAGGACCUAGAGGAAAGCAGGAGAGAGGAGGUUCAGCAAAGCCUGCGGGACAAGAAAGACCAGUGGCGGUUGCUCCUGGAGUCAGCCAAACGGGCCGUGGAAGAGGAGGAGAAGCAGUGUGCUCUGGAAGGGCUCCUUAGAGACGUCCGUGCCCAGAGAAAGAGCACUAUGGCCUGGCUGGAAGACAAGCAGCAGGCCCUUCUCACCCUGGACCGGACGGAUCUAGAGAAGUCUAUGAACACUGCGCAGGCCGUGCUGGGCUCCAAGCCCGAGGGAGACGGCAAGGUGGACGAUCUGAGAAGACGAGGGCAGAGCGUGUGUGAGCGUGAGGACCUGAAGGAGAGCAGCAGGAAGGAGGUGCAGCAGGCCGUCAGGGAGACGGCAGAGCAGUGGGGGAGCGUUCUGGAGAAGGCGGAGGAGGUCCUCCACAGGGCCGAGCUCCAGUCCUCCCUCUCCAGGGAGCUGCAGGCGUUCAGCGGCCAGGCAGAGAGUGCCGGGGCCUGGCUGAAGGAGCUCCGGCAGCAGGCCGCCCCGCUGGAGACCCAGGUGACCCAGGGCAACCAGGAGCAGAUAGAGAGCAGGCUCAAAGCAGCGCAGGCGAUCCUUGGCUCCAGGUCGAGGGCCAAGGGCUUCCUGUCAGACCUGAGCAGAGGAGCUCAGAGUCUGUGUCAGCGUGAGGACCUGGAGGAGAGCAGGAGGACGGAGGUGCAGCAGACGGUCAGACAGACAGAGGAGCAGUGGAGGUCCCUCCUGAAGACUGCUGAGGGGGCGCAGAGAGAGCUGAAGGCGGUGACGGACCUCGUGGUGUCCUGUGAGUUCCAGCGCUGCCAGGCUCAGGGGCGCCUGGCCGAGCUCCAGAGGCAGAGCUCCGCCCUGCCGCGGCUCUUCCCCUGGCCGGGCCUGGGGGACCGGCGGCAGGCAGCCGAGGACGUCAGGGCCCUCCUGGAACGCACCAGGGACCAGGGGCCCGUCCUCAAAGCCCUGCGGAGACAGGCGGAGGAGGUGUUUGAGACGACCCAGGACCCCACCUGGAGAGACCCUACCUGGGCCGGGAUGGGGGAGUGCCUCCCUGGCCUGCUGUCAGAGCUCACUGAGGCGGGAGCCGACCUGGAGCUGGGCAUCCUGACGGAGCGACAGUUCACCCAGCUGGUGGAGCAGCACGGGGCGGCCCAGGACUGGCUCCGCGAGCAGGUCAAGGUCCUGGGACCCCCGCCCGCCGACCGACAGGGUCUGCACAGCACCGCCAACACGCUGAAGGCUCUCCUGCAGACGGUGGGCCGCGAGGAGCGGGAGAUGAAGGAGCUGGACCCCCUCCGCGACCGCCUUGCGGCCCUGUGCACGCCGGGGGGCCGCGACUCCCUCAGCCUGGAGGUGCGUCACCUCCACGAGCUGCGCACCACCUCGGAGCAGGAGGUGCGGGAGCGGCUGGCGGCGUGCGAGGCCCGGCUGGGGGAGCUGGGGCAAGAGGCGGGCCGCCGGGGCCGGGCCCUGAAGGAGCGGGGCGCGGCGCUGCAGUGGGAGCUGCGGUCCCUGGACCAGGCGCUCUGCUACAGCGAGCCCCAGAACCACAUCGCCCAGCUGCAGCAGCACUGGACCAGCCUCCAGAAAUGUCAGGGGUCGCUUGAAGGCCUGGGGGUCAAAGUUCAGGAGCUGUACCAGGAAGUGAAAAGCGUCGCCGGGACAACAGAGGAGAUGCCGUCCGAGGCGAUCACCAUGGUUGAGUCGCUGAAACAGCAGAACGACGAUCUGAGGUCCAGGCUGAAAGAACGGCAGGAUUCCUGCACAAAGCACACCAGCUGCUGCUCCUCUGAUUGCCUGAGGGCACUGCAGCAAUGGAAUCUCACCAAGCCUUCAACAGACUCUCCCACCUCUGUAAAGGCAGCUCUAGAGGAGGGGGAGAAACUGCAGCAUAGCCUGCGGGAGGCGCUGUCGCACAGGCAGUUCCUGGUUGCCUCUUUGAAGGUGGGCGAGGCAGAGCAACUGGAGAGAGAGAGCUCAGAGGCUCUCCAAGCUGCAGUCACUAAGUCUUCUACCUUGACCCAGAGCUUAAAGGGGUUUGAAGACAAGAAGAAACACAAGCUGCAAGCCCCUCAGGCCUCUGAGGUCCGUCCAGCUAGAGUGGAGGACGUAGAAAUACCAGCAACGGCACCAUCAGUAGUAGCACCACCACGGACAAUCAGACCCUCUGCAGAGAGGAAGAGCAUCACCGUUUUCCAGAAACAUACGGAACUCCAGGAACCAAUCAUCGAUAAAGAUAAGAGGGAAACCACACACAGCGAAAUUGAAACUUCAGUAUCUGUAGUGCGAGUCACCACAGAGACGACGUACGUCACUGAAGACAGGACACUGACCGCAUCAGAGGCUACAAGUGUGAGUGUACUUUCUGCUGAACCGGCGACUAAGGCUGGGUCCGAAGGAACAAGGAGUACAAAGUCAACUACAACGUCAUCUUCAGUGGAGCCCGUAAUAGUUAGAGCUGAGCCCCAUUUCCCUGUAAUAGUCUGGGAACCGGUUGACACUGCUGUAGGGGGAACAGACAAGUCUGAGCAGGCCAGAAGACAGGAUCUAGACGUUGUUGCUCAGCCUGCUAUACCAGAGUUUAUGCAAACGAAGGAGGAAUUUUUGAUAACGACGUCUGGGUUGUCUCUUUGCCAGACCAAAAUCGCUGUUAAAGAACCACAGCAGCUUCUGGUAACCAGGAGUAAUCAGAGUUUGGUUGUUUCAAAAGAUCCUUCUCAAGCACUGAAUCGGGAACCUAAGGAGAGUCGAGAAGAUUCCACUGUGGGAUUCAAGAUCAAAUCGGAAACCAUCACUGAUGCACAAACUAAGCUGGUAACGAGUGGGAGCAAGUUAGAGACCUCCAUUUCAUCAGGAACCCUUGAUGCAGAACCAAAGGAAACUGAACAUGUACAGUCCACGCAAAAGCUAAAAGCUGAGCAAGCUAAGCCUUCUCCUCCUACAAGAAAGUCAAAAUCUACCAAGACUUCAGACCCAAUCAAAACCGACACUCACGAGCCAAUCACACUGGAACAGGCUGAGGUAAGGACUACAGAUCACCAGGCCCAAGCAAGUGUUACUGCACCAGUUCCUGUGAAGCCUGAACAAGAUCCGACAAAUGCUGAAAGUGAAAAGUCUUCUAUAAUUCCAUAUUCAACCCCAGCACUGUCAGAUACAGCUGUCAUGGAGAAAGCCAUGGUGGUACCAGCCAGGAAAAAGUCAAAAUCUUCUGGAUCCCCUAUUAUGCGUGCAACACCUGCACAGUCCAAGCAAACUUCUGAGAGUAAUCUGUCUUCUGUUUCUGUGGUAGACCGAGCUUUGCCUGUACCUACCAAGAAAGUGCAAAGCCCCAGAGUUGACACAACAACAAAACAACCAACGAAAACCACCAUUACAACAACUAAAGAAAUGACUAAAACUAAACAGGACCUUUCUAGGGUUGAAACAUCAAAGACCCAAGAUUCACCCCAAGUUGGGACAGCUAAGGUGGAUGUGUGUGUCUCACAUCUUGUGCCAAGCAGGAGAAGGUCUAGAGGGAUUCCAGAGGACUCUACAGCUUCAGAGCCAGCCUCAGAACUUGCUGUACCUGCUGAUGUUCCAACAAAGCUGGCUGAUUCUGAGACCACUGCUGAUGAUCAGACUAAGCUUGUACCAACGAGGAGAAAGUCAAAGACAUCAGUGACAUCUAUGAAACUUGAUGGAGAACCAGAGCAGAAGAUUGCAAGUUCGAAACCUGGCACGCAAACAAGAACCCUUGAGCAAGCUAAGCCUUCACCUGCAACAAGAAGGUCAAAAUACACCACGGCUUCAGAGCCAAUCAAAACGAACACUAUGAAUAAAGAAGCCAUCACUGUUCGUACUGAACGAGACCCUGCAAGUGCGUCAUUGAUUAAUCCAGAGUCAGUUUACAGGCCAUCCAUAGCUACUGAUGUGGAAAAAACAACAUCGGAGCGAACCGGUACCUUGGGCAAUCAAACUGUUCCAACAACUUUAGAGACAACAUUACCUGUCACUGGACCUGCUGAAGCGAAGAUCAAACCAAUUCAGACUAAAACAGAAAGUGCAAAGUCUCCUCUCACAGCAGAGUCAAUCACAGGACUGGCCGAGACUGUUGUUGUUUUGGAGGAACCCAUUGUGGUACCUGCCAGGAGAAAGUUAAAACCUGAUGGAUCCCCUAUGACACUGGCUGAUGUAAAACCUGCACAGUCAACAGAAGACUCUGAGUCUCCUCAGCCUUCUCCCAUUGGAAAAGAACAGGCUGCUCUGUCUAAUUCACAAAGUACAACCGUCAACGAAAUUGUAGAGCCACACUCAUUAAAGAAGGUGGCUUUAGUUGUUCUGGAUAUUCCCGCUUUCCAGACAGCGGACACAUGCCCGCAGACAUCAAUCUCUGAGAGAGCAGACAGUGCUGGAUCGAUAGGCCUUGACAUCACACUGGGACAGGCAUCUAAAAAGUCAGAGCCAACUGUACCUCCUCAACUUUCUCAAAGUCAUAUAAAUGUGCCCCUGUCCCUACUACCUGAGAAACAACAUCCAGAUGUUCCAAAACCACAGUCCACAGACCAGACUUCAGUUCUCCUGGCCCAAGCAAGUGUCACUGCGCCUGUUCCUGUGAAGCCUGAACAAGUUCAGGCCAAUCCUGAAAGUGAAAAAUCUCCUAUAAUUCCAUAUUCAACCCCAGCACUGUCAGAAAAAGCUGUCAUGGAGAAAGUCAUGGUGGUACCAGCCAGGAAAAAGUCAAAAUCUUCUGGAUCUCCUAUUAUGCAUGCAACACCUGCACAGUCCAAACAAGAUUCUGCUGUUUCUGUGGUAGACCGAGUUUUGCCUGUACCUACUAAAAAAGUGCAAAGCCCCAAAGUUGACACAACAGCAAAACAACCAACGAAAACCACCAUGACAACAACUAAAGCAAAGACAGAAAAAAACAAACAGGACCUUUCUAGUGUUGAAACAUCAAAGAACCAAGAUUCAACCCAAGGAGGGACAGCUAAGGUGGACUUUUGUGACUCGCAUCUUGUGCCAAGGAACCGAAGGUCUAGAAAGACUCCAGAGGGCUCUACAGCUUCAGAGCCAGCCUCAGAUGUUGCUGCACCUGCUGAUGUUCCAACAAAGCUGGCUGAAUCUGAGACCACUACUGAUGAUCAGACUAAGCUUGUACCAACAAGGCGAAAGUCAAAGACAUCCGUGACAUCUAUGAAACUUGAAGGAGAACCACAGCAGAAGAUUGCAAUUUCUAAACCUGGCACGCAAACAAGAACCCUUGAGCCAGCUAAGCCUUCACCCACUACAAGAAGGUCAAAAUCCACCAAGGCUUCAGAGCCAAUCAAAACUGACACUAUGAAUAAAGAAGUCAUCACUGUUCAGACUGAACAAGACCCUGCAAAUGUGUCAUUGAUUAAUCCAGAGUCAGUCUACAGGCCAUCCAUGGCUCCUGAUGUGGAAAAAACAACAUUGGAGCGAACCGGUACCUUGGGCAAUCAAACUGUUUCUACAACUUUAGAGACAACAUCUCCUGUCACUGGACCUGCUGACGCGAAGAUCAAACCAAUUCAGACUAAAACAGAAAGUGCAAAGUCUCCUAUCACAGCAGAGUCAAUCACAGGACUGGCAGAGACUGGUGUUGUUUUGGAGGAACCCGUCGUUGUACCUCCCAGGAGAAAGUUAAAGUGUGAAGGAUCUCCUAUGACACAAGCUGAUGUUAAACCUCCACAGUCAACAGAAGACUCUGAGUCUCCUCAGCCUUCUCCCAUUGGAGAAGAACAGGCCGCUCUGUCUAAUUCACAAAGUUCAACUGUCCAUGAAAUGUCAGAGUCACACUCAGAAAAGAAGGUGGCUUUAGUUGUUCAGGAUAUUCCUGCUUUCCAGACAGCGGACACCUGCCAAAAGACAUCCAUCUCUGAGAGAGCAGACAGUGCUGAAUCGAUAGGGGUUUACAUCACACUGGGACACGCAUCUAAAAAGUUAGAGCCAACUGUACUUCCUCAACCUUCUCAAAGUCAUAUAAAUGUGCCCCCGACCCUACUACCUGAAAAACAAACAGAUACAGAUGUUCCUGAACCUCAGUCCCCAGACCAGACUUCAGCUCUACGGGCCGAAGCAAGUGUUACUGCACCUAUUCCUGUGAAGCCUGAACAAGUUCAGGCAAAUCCUGAAAGUGAAAAAUCUCCUAUAAUUCCAUAUUCAACCCCAGCACUGUUAGAACCGGCUGCCAUGGUGGUACCUGCCAGGAAAAAGUCAAAAUCUGCUGAAUCUCCUAUUAUGCGUUCAAAACCUGCACAGUCCAAGCAAGACUCUGAGACUCCUCUGUCCUCUGUUUCUGUGGUAGACCGAGCUUUGCCUGUACCUACUAAAAAAGUGCAAAGCCCCAGAGUUGACACAAAAACAGCAAAAGAACCCACGAAAACCACCAUUACAACAACUAAACUAAAGACAGAAAAAACGAAACAGGACCUUUCUAGUGUUGAAACAUCAAAGGACAAAGAUUCAACCCCAGUUGGGACAGCUAAGGUGGAAUUUUGUGACUCACAUCUUGUGCCAAGGAACAGAAAGUCUCGAAAGAAUCCAGAGAACUCUACAGCUUCAGAGCCAGCCUCGAAUGUUGCUGCACCUGCUGAUGUUCCAACAAAACUGGCUGAAUCGGAGACCACUGCUGAUGAGCAGACUAAAUUUAUACCAACAAGGAGAAAGUCAAAGACAUCAGUGACAUCUAUGAAACUUGAUGGAGAACCACAGCAGAAGAUUGCACAUGCAAAGCCUGCCAUGGAAACAAGAACCCUUGAGCAAGCUAAGCCUUCACCUGCAACAAGAAGGUCAAAAUUGACCAAGACUUCAGAGCCUAUCAAAACCGAAACUAUGAAUAAGGAAGUUAUCACUGCUCGUACUGAACAAGAUCUUGCAAGUCUUACAUCAUUCAAUCCAGAGUUGGUCAUCAGGCCAUCCAUAGCUACUGUUGUGGAAGAAACAUUAUUGAAACGAACUGAUAACAAGGACAAUCAAAAGGUUUCUACAACUUCAGAGCCAACAUCACUUGUAACUGGACCUGCUGAAGUAAAGAUUGAAUCAUGUCCAACAAAAGACGAAAGUGUCAGGUCUUCUUUCACUGCAGAGUCAAUCACAGGACUGGCAGAAACUGGUGCUGUUGUGGAGGAAAGCAUUGUGGUACCACCCAGGAGAAAGUUAAAGCCUGAUGGACCUCCUAUGACACAAGCUGAUGUUAAACCAGCACAGUCAACAGGAGAUUCCGAGUCUCCUCAGCCUUCUCCCCAUAGUGAAGAACAGGCUGCUCUGUGUAGUUCACAAAGUUCAACAGUCCAUGAAAUUAUAGCGCCACACUCAGUUAAGAAGGUGGCUAUAGUUGUUCUGGAUAUUCCUGUUUUCCAGACAGUGGAAACAUGCCCACAGACAUCAAGUUCUGAGAAAGCAGACAGUGCUGGAUCGAUAGGGGUCGACAUCCCACUGGGACAGGCAUCAAAGGAAUCAGAGCCAUCUGUACUUCCUCAACGUCCUCAAAGUGAAAUAGUUGUGCCCCAGUCCUUAAUUCCUGAAAGACAACCGCAAGUUGUUCCAAAACCUGAGCCCAAAGACCAGACUACAUCCCAUCAGGAACUUGCAAGUGUAACUUCACCUGUGGCUGUGAAGACACAACAAUUUCAGGCAAAACCUGGAAUUCCAAUAAGGAAAAAGUCAUCAGCUGCAUCUGCUGAUGAUCAGACCAAAUCUGUCACUAGUACUGAGGAGAAGGCCAAGCUUGUAUCACCAACCGGGGGAACAUUGGAGACAUCAAUAAAACCUGCUGAUACCGAACCAGAAUCCAGCAAGGAUAGUGAUCGUCUUCUGUCCUCAACGAGUUCAAAUCCUGAUAUAAAAAGCUUUGUAAUGAGAACCGACAAUAAAACCACUGACGUCUUCACUGUGGAACCCAAGGAGGCAUCGGAUCUCAUGAAUCUGGAAAGUUGCGUUAGCCGAGAGUCCGUCACAAUGGAAACCGUGACUGCUGUUGUGAAAGAAGCACAGCUUGUACCAACCAGAAGAAAGUCUCAGACUGCGCUUUCAUCUGUGCAACCUACUGAUGUACAACAGCAACAACAGAAAGAAAGUGAGGGUCCUUUGUCCCCACAAAGUCCCAGAUCUGAAAUUAAAAGGCCUUUUGUGGAGGAAUGUCCCAAACUUGCAAAAACCUCAGAACCAGGAACCAUUUGUAUCGUUGAUGUCAAGCCUGAACAAACUCAAAGAGAGCCCAUCGGUUUGGACUCUUCCACAAAACUCCAGAAGUCUGUCCCAAUACUCCCUAAAAAUGUCGGAGUUCUGGAAGCUAAGCCUGGACCGACCAGAGAAGAGAAACUGACAUCUGAGCCGGAAAAAGAGGAGGAGCCUGAAAUUCCGAAAUCCUCCAAACCUUUAGAUCCAAGUCCAACUAAUGUUGUAAAAGAAACUAAAGCUAUUCUAACUGGCAGCAAGGGUCAAGAUGAUUCCACAGGUGCUGUUGACCAUAAUGCAAAUGCAGAGGCCAAGGUAAAAUCUGAUACACAUUCUAGAUCCACCAAUGAGGAACCUUUAUAUCUUCUGUCUUCUCAAACCUUUGAGACAGCAGCUUCAGAGCCAGCUUCAGAUGUUGCUGUAUCGGCUGAUGUUCAAACAAAACACAUACAGGCUGAGUCUGUGGCCACUGCUGUCGAACAGACCAAUGUCUUACCAACUCAGAAAAAGUCAAAGACUUCAGCAUCAUCUAUGAAAGUUGAUCAUACAGAACUAGAGAAAACAGAAAGUUCUAAACCAGGCAUGGAAACAGUUGCUCUUGAGCAGGCUAAGAGAUAUUCAAAGGGUGUUCUCCCUGCCGAGACGUCAGAGUCAUCGAUGAAACUAACUGAUGCAGAGCUUGAACAGAACAUGGAAACAGAGAGCCCUCGGUCCCCACAAAGUCAACUACCUGAAACAAAAACUGCUACGCUGGAGUCAAAAAGUCCAACAGUUUCAAGGGUGUCAGGGUUACAGAAGGCUGGCAACAAAACCACUGAUGCCAAAACUCGACAAACUGAGUCCGUCAUAGACAAGGCCACUGAAGAAACACUGCCUGAGCUAACGAGAGAAAAUUCAGCAACUACAUCUGAUGUUCAGACCAAAUCUGACAUUAGUACUGGGGAAAAGACCAAGCUUGUUACACAGACCAGGAGAACGUCAAACACAUCAAUGAAACCUGCUGAUGCGGCACCUGAAUCCAGCAAGGAUAGUGAAACGGCCAAUAAAACCACUGACGUCUUCACUGUGGAACCCAAGGAGGUAUCGGAUCUCAUGAAUCUGGAAAGUUGUGUUAGCCGAGAGUCUGUCACAAUGGAGACAAUGACUGCUGUUGUGGAAGAAGCACAGUGCGUGCCAACCAGAAGAAUGUCUCAGCCUGCGCUUUCAUCCGUGCAACUUACUGGUGUACAAGAGCAACAACAGAAAGAUAGUGAGGGUCCUUUGUCCCCACAAAGUCCCAGAUCUGACAUUGAAAGACCUUUUGUGGAGGAAUGUCCCAAACUUGCCAAAACUUCAGAACCAGGAACCAUUUGCUUCGGUGAUGUCAAGCCUGAACAAACUCAAAAAGAGCCAAGCAGUUUGGAAUCCUCCAUACAACUCCAUAAAUCCCUCCCAAGAGAGCCUGAAACUACUGGAGUUCUGGAAGCUAAACCUUUAAAAGAGACACAAUCUUUGCUUACUGAGAGCAAGGGUCCAGGUGAUUCCAAAGCUGCUGCUGAUCAUGUUAAACGCUCAGAAGCUAAGGUAGAAUCUAAAGAUGAAAUGGAUCUUGUCCCAGCUAGUAUCAAGUCAAAUCUGGAACUUUCCUCUAUUUUGCUGCCAAUUGAUGCUCAACAAGUACCAACAGAAACUCAAAUUGUCAUAAUGGGACACACCUUACAUGGAUCAACCAAAACCAAGAGCCCAGAACUUGUCACAACUUCUGAAACACUUUUUUCUUCUGGGAAAACCUUUGGACACCUUAAGCCUGGGGAAAAGAUGGACCUUGAAAGACCAGCAGAAAUCUCUAUGAAUCUUGAAGAGACAAACAAGGGCAAGGGGUCAACAGAGCAGUCAGUCUCUUAUUCUGAGGCUCAUGAUCGUCCUGGCACUCCAAAUGUCCAACAAAGUGUAGGAAGCACACAGGAAGGUGAAACUAUUGUAGAGGUGGAGAUCAGUCCAAUGUCUGAGCAGAGUCGUGUACAGAGUAGCAUAGAAAUACAAGUUGUUGAUCCAGUGGCUUCACCUUUUGACCAACAAGACCCGGGGAGUGUGGUGUCAUUGAUCAUUACAGAUUCAGUCACGGGUCCAUCCAUUACUGCUGUUGUGGAUGAAACAGAGAGUCUAGAAGUUUCUAAGACGUCUGAGUCAUCAAAAUAUGUUACUGGACCUCCUGAUGUGAAGACCUCCAAACCUGACCAGAUGAAGACCCAUCAGUCCCAGAGCACAGAAAAUAAGCCGGGAUCACGAGCAGUACCACUGGGGUCCACACCUGAUGGUGUGAGACCUUCAGAUGAGGGUUUGAGAUCUGAGGAGAAAGUCCUGGUGGAGGUCCUUCCUACAGGGGAAACCCAGGGUACCCUUUCAGCUGGUCUGGUCUACACCAGCGGCCCGGUUCUGGAGGGACCCGAAGACCAGCCCAUGGAGGAUGUGCUCUCAGAGGUCCACCAGCUUCUCGGGACUGGACCUGAUUGUCUCAUCCUGAAGGGAGAGCUUGAGGAGGACCCGGCACCGGUUCUGGAUACGUCCAUCAGGGACCUGGAGGUUCGUCUCAACAGGCUGGAGACCAGAGUUCUGGCCUGCAGGAACCGACCGACAGACCUCAGCCCAGAAGCUAUGGCCCUGCAAUUGGAAGAGGCCCAGGAGUGCCUCAGAGCGUCCCAGACCCAGGUCUCGCUGCUGACCCGGCCCAGCCCGGAGCUGGAGGGGGGGGCUGCUGGGCCGGGUCAGCAGGAGGAGCUGGAGCACCUUGAGGGUCAGUGGAGCGCUGCGGUCGGGGACUCCUCCACCCUGGUCCGGAGUAAGGAGGCUCGUCUCCGGCUGGUGAGCCUCUACACCGGGCAGACGGAGGUCGCGAGGGCCACCCUGGAGGGACUGGAGACAGAGCUGGAGGCUGGAGGCCGAGUUCCAGAGGAGACCAGCUCCAAUGAGGAGGAGCGUCUGCACUCCUUCCUACGACAUAUGGAGGAGAACAGGACGGUUCUUGGAGAACUGGUCCUCACCCACUCUGAGCUCGUGCCCCACCUGAGCCCCUCUAACCAAGGAACCGUGCAGAGACAGCUGAGGGCACUACAAGACCGGUGGAGAAGCCUGGAGAACGCUACAGAGAGGAGCCUUCAUGCCUUGAAGGCCAUCUCGUGCGACUCAAGCACCUUUCUAUAUGAGAUGUCAAGUAUUGAGGAACAACUGGAGGACGUCAGCAUGUGCCUCGAGGCUCCAGCCACCCCGGAGUGGGACCCAACGAGGGCCCAGGAACUCAUGGUGGCCAGCGCUGUGCUGGCUGCCACCCAGCAGAGGUACCUCCUCCUCCUGCAGGCGUCAGAUGCGCUAGACCAGAGCUCCCGGCAGGGGGAGAACCAAUCAACGAAGACGGAGCAACGGCUCCAAAAGACCAAACUGCAGUUUGAGCAGACAGCGGAGCGCCUGGCCUCCCAGACCCCCAGCAGCACUAACCCCACCUUGGAGAAGAUUGUGAGGGUGAUCCGAGAUGCCUUCAUUUGGGCGAAGCAGACGGAGGUUCACAUCAAGACGAAGAGGGGGAAGAUCGCUCUCCUCCCUGAGGACGUCCACCGGCAGAUCAGAGACCUGAAGAAGUUGCAGUCAGAGGUGAUGGUGAAGCAGGGCCAGUUGGAGGUACUGCUGGAGGAGGUGACGGAGCUCUUUCCCCAGAUGGACCAGGAAAAGGAGGUGCCCAUGGUACGCUCUUCCCUGGAAGACCUCAAUCUACUCUCGAUGUCCACCACCGAGGAUCUGACAACAGCUGUGAGGGAGAUCGAGUCCGGCCUGCAAAACCGAGAGAAGAUGUCCGAGCAGAUCGCCGACGUGGAGGCCUGGGUGGUGUGGUACUUCCUCCAGAAGGCGUCCAGAAGAGGAGAGGAGGACGUUUCUGUGUCUGGUUUUGACCGCCAAUCUCGUCAGAUCUGGGAGACCCUGGCCGAUGCUGAGAAGCAAAGUGCAGUUUGUGAGGCUCUUCUCAUGAAGAGCAAAGACAUCUUCUCUGAGCUGAGCGCCACAGAGAACCGUUUCCUGCAUGCAAAGCUGACCGACCUCAAGGAGGACAUCACCGACAUCACCAGCUACGCAUUGACCAAGAAACAAGACCUGGAGUCGCGUGUACAGACUCAAGAAGCAUCCGAGCAGAAGGUGGCUGCCUUGGAGAAAAAUCUGAGGCAAAUGCUGGUUGACCUCAACAGACACCGCUUCCCUGUCACCAGAGAGUCCCUGCGCACCAUGGAAGCCUUAAGACACAUGAUAGUCGAGCACAAGAGCCAGGUGGACCAGCUCCAUGUCAGCAUCCCGCUGGGUAAGAGGAGGGAACUCUUAUCCGUUAACUGGGAGCUUUACGGCAAGAUGUCCAAGCUGGACCAGAAGGCCAGGGAUCACGAGUGCUACCUCAACCUGAGGCAGAGCAUGGAGGACAUCCAGGACAACAUGGAGCAGGAGAUCUUCCAGACCAAGGAGGAGAGCCGAGGAGUGGGAGAGAGGUACAGGAUGUGCAACUCCCUCCUUGCCCGGUUCCCUCUGGUGAAGGCCAUGAGCGAAGACGCUGGCGGGAAGCUCCAGAGUAUCUCCUCAGACCUGUACCCCUCCCAGCUGACGGUGGAGCGCCAGAGACUGGAGCAGGUCGUGGAGAAAAUGGACGACUGGGAGGUGGUGGUGCGCAACAACCUCGUUAUCGUGCAGUGGAACGUCCUCAAAGAACUGGACCUCCAGACAGAGUGGAGGUCCACGCGUGGCCUGUUGGACGCCACCCUGAGGCAGCUGCGGUCCCCGGUUGUGUCGGAGCCAAAGGAGGCGGAGAUGGUGAAGGAGGAGCGCAGGAUGUUGUCUAUGAACAAGAUCUUGGAGUACAAAGUGAAAGAGUAUGAGAUCUUGGAGCAGAGGAAAGGCAACGGCCAGGAAAGUAGAUCUCGGGAUCUUGUGACCUUGAAGAAUACGGUGCUGCAAGAAUGCGAGUCCCGAAUGAAAAACAUCACAAGUGCGAAGGAGAGCCUGAGGAGCUACACCCAGGGAGUCCAAACUGCCGUCCACUUCCUGCUGGAGGCAGAGGCCUCCCUCCUGCCGGUCAACGACCCAGCGGGGGACUGCUCCUCCGGGCUACAGGAGCUCCAGCAAACCCUGGUAUCCCUAGAGCAGCGGUACCAGGACCACGUGGACCAGAUCCAGGCUCUGGUGCCCAGUCACCCCCACCUCAACUCCCAGAAGGUGGAGCAGCUCCACCGGGAGGUUCUGAGUGGUCUCUUGGUGAGGAUGACCACCUUCAGGGCCCAGGCUCUCAUCCGGACCCAGGAACUCACCAGGUGUGCUGAGCAGAGCAGGAGGCACCUGUGCAGCGUGGAGGAGAUCAGCGAACGUGUGAACACCCAGGAGGAAACCCUCUCCCGCUGUCUCUCCUCCAAGGUCUCCUCCCUCUCCGACUGCAGCCAGCAUCAGAGUCAGCUCAAGUCUCUCUCAGAGGAGGUGGGCGCAACCCUGGGUCGCCUGGAGGCCCUGGAGGAUACCUGCCCCGAGCAGAGUUGCCGUGGAGACAGGGAGGCGGCGGCGGCUGCCCUCUGGUGGCAGCUGAACACACUGCAGCAGGAUGCCCGGGACCUCAGCACCCAGGCUGGCCGGAAAGCUGCUGAGUGGAGCGAGAUCUCCAAGAGUCUGGAGCAAAGCUCCUCCCUGUUGGACGAGGUGGAGGCGGAGGCACCGGGAGGUGCUCCGGGGAGCGCCUCCGGCGAGGAGCUCCAGGACCAGGUGCAGCUGUGGGACCAGUACCAGGAGCGUCUGGACUGGGAGCACCGGGCCCUCUCGGCCCUGGAGCUCCGCAUCGCCCGGCUGCUGGGGGUCCCCGCCCACCUGGAGCAGGCCCCGCCCACCCCGUUGUGCCAGCAGGUGCAGGCCAUGCAGGGGCGGUACCACAGUCUGGAGGAGAGGAGCUGUGCGGGCCGGGAGCUUUUCUCCUCGGAGCUGGAGGAGCGAGAGAAGGUUCUGGAGGACCUGCAGGGCGCCCGCCUGUGGCUGGAGGCAGCGGACCUUACCCUGAAUGGGCCGCACCCGGACCUGCAGGAGAUAUCUAGACAGCUGCUUACCCAGAAGGCUUUGCUGAAGAGCAUCAUGGACAGCCUAAAGACAAAGUACUCUGACACACUUCCUCUGGAGCUGGAGAGCCAACUACAGGAAGUGAACCAUUCCAUACAGGAAGUGGAAGUGAAGGUGGGCGAGGCGGUGGAGCACAGCGGCCCGCUGCGCCGGCUGGGCUCCAAGCUGGCGGAGAUCCGGGCCGGCCUGGGCUCGGUCGGGGAGAGGCUGGAGCAGAGGAGCCCCAGCGUGGCGGAGGCCGAGCGCACCCAGAAGCGUGUGUGGGAUGAGCUAGACGUUUGGCACUCCUGCCUGGCCGCCCUGGAGGUGGAGCUGCAGUACCUGGAGGUGCCAGAGGAGGCGCUGGUGCUCCAGGAGAGGCUCAGCUCCGUCCAGGAGAGGCUCAGCUCCGUCCAGGAGGUCCACUCACAGCUGGCCAAGCAGGCUGAGCAGCGCACCGGCUUCCUGUCCAAGAUCCCAGCGUGGCUCCAGCAGCACCAGCAGAUGGUCCAGAGCUCCCAGGUCUGGCUGCUGGAGGCCCAGACCUGGCUGACCUCGCCCUGCUCCUACACCUCCGCCAAGUGCCUGUUCAGCCACGUGCACGCCCUCAAGAUGGUCCUGGAGGACUCCCAGCACAUCCGCUCCAGCCUGCAGGGCCUGGGCGGCGUGCUGGAGGGCAUGGCGGGGGUCUGUGACGUCACGGCGCUGCGGCAGCAGCUGGACCAGGCCGACGCCCACGUGGCCGCCGCCCAGGACAGCUUCACGGCGCCGCUCGCACAGCUGGAGCACACCGCCGCCGAGGUGGAGGCGAUAGAGACGGAGGUAAGGAGCAUGGAGAGGAACGUCUCUGAGAUCAGAGCGCUGCUGUCCUCUCCAGAGACCCUCCCCAGCCCCCGAGAGGACAGCCUCAAGGUGAUCGAGGAGAAGGUCCAGUGCAUGCGGACGACGGUGGUGGAGAUCCAGCGCUGCAGGCCCGACCUGGGGCUGCCCGAGCCGCUGGAGGCCACCCUGGUGGUGUUCGGCGUGGUGGACCAGCUGCAGACGCUGCUCAUGGAGCUGGAGAAGAGGAUUCCUGCUCUCUUCCUCCAGCAGCCCCCCACCCCGACCCCGUCCAAAGCCGCGGACCCCCGACCCGGCCCAGCGGACCCCCAAAGGGACACCCAGGACCCCCUACCGAGCACUGAGGCCCCCCAGCGGGACAGCGGCGACCCGGGCGUGAUCCGCAUCGCCCACCUGGAGCAGGACGUGCUGACGUGGUCGGGGGCGACCCUGCAGAGCGUGCAGCAGGCGUCACCUGACCAGAGGCUGGUCACGGGACACGCCCCCUCGCAGUCUCCAUGGCAACAGGGCAAUGCCGGCCUGCCCCAGGCCGGAAAGGAGGGGAAGAAGGAGGAGAGGGGGGGGGCAGGGGGUUCUGAGGGAGAAGGAGAAAGACUUCUGUGGUGGCUCUUGGAAGUUUUUCUGGGCAUUAAAUCCGAGGUUGCCACGGAUACCGGGACAGUGGAGGGUGGGACGGCCCCAGCACCUGCAGGACAGCAGCUGGCCACCGCUGGCUCGACCGACUCCGCACCUGGAGAGAGAGAGGGUCCGGGGGCCCGUUCCGAGGGGCCCAGCGGGUCGGGCACCCCCCCACGGCCGCUGGGCACGGUGCGGACCCAGAGCCAGCCCCGGAGCAUGGAGCGCUUGGUGGGACACGGGGGGCCCGAGAGACUGGAGACACACACACCUGACACACACACAACGCAGACGCCACACACACACGACACACAAACACCACAAUCACCUGAAGGACGCACAACGCACACAAUUGAUGGACAAACAAUGCACACACCCGACAGACACACCCGACGGACACCGCACACACCUGACGGACACACAGCACACACACCUGUCGGACACACACCACGCACACCCGACCGACACACAGCACACACACCUGGCACAGAAACAAUUGAUGCACACACACCUGACACACACUCUCAAGACAGGGGCACACGCACGGAGGAGGCGGCCACGGCACCCGCUGCGGUCCGAGGUCCAGACCGGGUCGCCUCCCAAGACCCCCCCCGGAAGGACAAGGGCGGCCUGCAUGCUGCCCUGGGCCCUGUGGCAGGGUCCGGGCCAGGCCCCAGCAGCCCGGCGUGGAUCCAUGCGGUGGGAGAGAGGACCAGACAGCUGGAGGACUGGCUCCACGGAGCCCAGCGCAGCCUUGGACCCCUGCACAGCGUCGCCGCGGAAACCCACACAGGCACCUCAAUCGCCAUGGAGACUAACGUGAAGCAGCAGCUGCUCACCUGUCAGGAGAUGUUGCAGGAGAUAGAACAGAAGGUGACCAGCAUGUCAGAUUCUAGCUCGGGACCCCAGAACCUGAACCUGAAACAGGACCAGGGAGUCCAGGGGGGUGUGGUCUCUGCAGGUUCUGACCAGGAGUCAGCUGAGCUGCUGGCCUCAAAACUGGAGCUUCUCAAGACCAACCUGGUGUCCUUCCAGCACCUCCUGGGGGACCGCCAGGGGGAGGAGAGGAUAACCCCUGCUCUCCAAGACAUGGGAGGGCGUGGGCUGGCCAGGUUGCAGCGCAGUGCCAGCGUACAGGAGAUGUUCUCCUCUCCGAAGAACAAGCUGCUGCGUCAGAGCAGCGUUCAGCAGCAGAAGGAGCUGGAACAGGAGCUGAGUGAGCAGAGGGGACUGACCCGAGCCAUCGCUAGGCAACACAGCAGAGGACGCCUCCACGGCCAGGACCCAGAGGAACCCAGCUUGCCGUUGCCACGGAGAACCUCCGUCCAGUCUGCUGUAGUCGGGAUGGAGGAGGAGGAGGAGGAGGUGGGGAGGAAGAGCUGGGACCUCCUCCAGACUCAACUCCUGGCGCUGGAGGAGGAGGUGUUCCGACGCCCUGAGGAGGAGGCAGACUCUUCCCUCAGGGUGGUGGCAGGAGGCGGUGUGAGGGCCCCCCAGUUGCUAAAGGACCUCCAGGACCUCUCAGCCCGUCUUCAAGCCCUGGGCGCCUCCGCUGCUGUGAGACAGGGAGAUCCUGCAGGCGGCGCCACCAGCAGCUGGUGGAGGGUGCGUGUGAUGCGCUCUACGGGGCGUCCCUGUCGCUGUCCAGCGUCAACACCCUUGUCUCUAUUGGAAUUCAUCCUCUCCAACGUGAACCUCUCGGCUGAGCUGGGCUCUCUGAGCGGGGAGCUGACCUCUCUGGGGUCCGAGCUCACGGGGGGCCUGGGCUCAGCGUCCGGACAGCGGUGCCUGGACCUCCUGAUCAGGGUCCUGCCCGCGGUCCAGACCAGACUGAGAGACCGACGGAACCAUCUAGAACUCCUCCAGCAGAAGAGCUCACAGCUUCAGAGGAGACUGAAAGAGUUGCAGGCAGAACUUGAUUCUAACUGGUCUGCCGUGCACCAAUUAACCACCGAUCCUAUCGAGGGACAGGAGCUAACCCGACGCCUCCAGGAUCAAACCUGUGAGGUUGACGUUCUCCUGGAGGAAGUGAAGUCAUCGUCGCUUCCUGUCUGCCUGUCCCAGCAGGCCACUGCGCUCCAGGGUGCGCUUGAUGUGGCCCAGGCAGGGGUGAGCUCCAGAAGGGAGGAGCUACAGGUGGGAGCCGAUCUCCAGCGGCACUACGAGAGACUGGUGCUGGGUCUGGAGGAGCUGGUGACACUGGGGUCCCAACGCCUCUCUCUGCUGCCAAGCGCGGAGCUCCACACCAGGGACAGGCUGGAGGGCCUGCUGAGCUCCCAUACGAAGUUCUUCCAAUCCCUGGACGGACACGUGGGAAGCCUGCAGUACCUGUCUGGGCGGGUCCAGGACGGCGCCCCCGGCAGGCGGGCUGAGGAAGUGCAGGCGCUGCAGGAUAAAGUCUCUCAGCUGAGGCUACAAGCCCUGGAGCACGGCUGCAAGAUGGAGGACACCUUACAGAUGUGGGCCCUGUGGGAGCAGGACAGCUCCUGGCUGGACGGCCUCUUAUCAGACACAGAGACUUCAGCUCCCAAGAUGCACCUGGCUCAGGACUCUGAGGAAGAGCUGUCUAACAGAAUACAUUUGUACCAGAAACUGAGUGGCGCGCUGGAGGACAGCAGGCCGAGGCUGGGGCAGCUGUUGGAGGCGAGGCUUUGGCUGCAGGGGGCGGGCUGUAGGGAGGUGGGCGUGGCCACCAAGAAGCAAGAGGCUCGCUGGAACCGCCUUCAUAAGAGGCUGGACCACGACAGGAAGCUCACCGAACGCAACAGGAAGCUACUCGACAGGUUCACCCUUCAAUCGGCUUCGCUGAUUGAAUGGAUGGGCGGGGCCAGGGAGCUGAUUGACAGGUGGAGACACUCCGUUGACCCUACCAAUCAGGAUCAGCCAAGUCUUCGGCAGAGCUGGGAUGACAUCAUGCUUCAGUUCAUGGAGUUCUCCAAGGAGCUGGCGGCCCGGUCUGAGCUGAGGGCGUCAGUGGUGAGUGCCGGGACCCUGUUGUCAACCGCCCACCAGGGAGAGAGCGAGUGGGCGAGAGACACAGAGAGAGACCAGGAGGGGGAUGAGCUGCCCCCUGCAGCCCAGCCUGCUGGUCCCGAUCCUGGGUACGUCUCCAGCCGGCUGAGGCAGGUAGAUCUGGUCUGGAACCACCUGCAGACAGAGGUUCAUGAGAUCCAACACAAACUACAUCAGCGGUGGUUGGGGUGUCGCGGCCACCAGGGGGCGAUGGGGGAGCUAAAGUUGUGGAUCAGCAGGACUGAAGCCCAGCUGGAGAACCAGGGAGAUGACCUCAACCAGUGCCUGCGUUUCUACAAGGAGCGCCAGUGGGAGAUGUGUUUCCACCAGGCUACUCUUGACUUCACCCACCAGCCGGUGGUCCAGGGCUGCAGUACUCUGGAAGGCCAGGGGGGGCGCUGUGGGGACGGAGAGCUGGCAGAGCAGCAGGGACUUCUCCACCACCGCUGGCUCAGUCUGCAGUGGAACCUCCACCAGCAGGUCCAGGACGUGACUGAGGGGUUGAGAUCCAAAUCCCAGCGACAGGAGAGACUGAACCAGAUCACCUCCUGGAUCAACGACCAGAAGAGCUGGCUAGACUCCGCCCUCUCUCCCAACAGCCAAUCAGAAGUGGAGAAAAGCCUUCGCACUUGUGAGGAGCUGGAGGAGAAGGUCCAGCAGAGGACCUCCGACCUCCAGGCCCUGAGCGCCGGAGCCCAGGGCCAGCGGUGCCCCCCCGCGGUGGGGCGGGCCGUGGAGCGCUGCUCCGCCCUCUCCCAGCAGAGGGGGUUGGUGGUCCGGAGUCUGACCAAGGUCCAGCUCCUGUGGGCCCACCUGGAGUCCACCCUCGGACUUGUCACCGCGGAGACCACCAGGGCGGCCCAGACGCUGCGUUACCACGGAGACGUGCAGCCGUGCCUUGGGGCCCAGCGUGACGUCCAGCAGGCCCUUCAGCGUGUGAGAGGUGAGGCAGAGGCAGCAUCCCAACGGUGGGACGUCCUGGAUGGAGACGUCUCCGCCCUGCAGGGACAGCUCCGUCCUGCUGCUGGAGACCUGCUCCGCCAGCGAAGAGACGCCCAGAGAGACAGGUGGGCUCAGGUGUGUCGUAACGUUGACCGGCGCCUCUGUAGAGGCGGGGCCUUGCUAGAGAAGUGGGAGGAGUAUACUGGCCUGGCCACGCCCCUUCUUCUGAGGCUCCAAACCCUGCAGGGGGAGACGGCCGUCCUGAUGACCCCCACAGACCCCACCCGGGACCCCAACCAGGACCAGACCCAGGACCAGACCCAGGACCCCCCCACGGACCCCACCCAGGGCCGGGUCAGGGCUCUGAUCCAGAGGGCGGAGUCCCUCCAGCAGCGUGUGGCCGUGUUGCAGACAGACCUGGAGGAGGGGCUUAGGGCCUCCAAGAACCUGAUUGGUGACCUGGAUCCCAUGACCACUGACCUCGUCCAAUCAGAGUGCCGGCUGCUGGCCCGCGGUGUGCUGCAGCUCAGCCAAUCGCUGGUCAGGAAGCUGACUCAACUGCAGGAGGACCUGGAUCAGCUCCAGGUCUUUGACAGGAUGUUAGGGUCUCUGGAGGAACAUCUGGACCAAUGGCAGAAGGUUCUGGGUGGAGCCCAGACCCAAGACACGCCCCCCUCCCAGUGUGAUCUGCUGGAGCCCAGCGGGUGGUCAGCUGACCUGGACGUCCUGAAUGAGCAGAGCCACUUCCUGCCACUUGGGGGCGCUGCCACGCACCGCCUGCAGAGACUAAACCACGCCUGGGCUGAGGCUAGCGCCAGGGCCCUGGAGACCUGCAGCGUGCUGCAGGCGGCGGCCCUCCAGCAGCAGUGCUUCGGGGGCCAGUGUGAGCUGUGGACGUCCUUCCUCCAGAGGAUGGAGGACAGCCUGGCGGUGGAGCUGCCCGGCUGCUACACCGGGCUGAGGGAGCAGCUCAGGACCCACCAGAGGUUCCAGGUGGAGGUCUCCAUCGGGCACCAGACGCUCCACUCGGUGGUGUCUGAAGCUCUGCUGCUGCUGCAGAGAGGAGAGGUGGAUGACAGGAGUGACUUCCUGCUGCAGCUGUCCCAGCUGCGGGCGCAGUGGCGGGGGGCGGUGGGCCGGGCGUCCCAGCGCUGCUCCCUGGUGGAGGGGCUGGUGAAGCACCGCCACGCCUACGCCCGCGGCCUCCGCAAGAUCCAGCACUUCCUGUCUGAGAGCCAGGCCCUCCUGCCCCCAGCGGGGCCCCCCAGGGGCAGCCUGCUGCUACUUGCACCGGUCCUGGAGGAACCUGCAGUGGCUCUGCUGUCCCAGCGCUACCAGAGCAGCUACCUCCAGACGCUGGAGGUGGGCCGCCAGGUCAGGAAGCUGAAGGAGACCCUAGGAACCAUCCAGCGGCUGGACAGGAACAUGAGCGGCCUGCGGACCUGGCUGGCCCGCGUGGAGGCGGAGCUAACCCGGCCCGUCGUCUACGACCACUGCCACGGCGACGAGAUCCAGAAAAAACUGUCAGAGCAGCAGGAGCUGCAGCGGGACAUCGAGCAGCACUCGGCGGGCGUGUCGUCGGUGCUGGCGCUCUGCGAGGUGUUGCUGCGCGACGGGGACGCGGGCGUGGCCGGGGGCGGGGCUGGGGGCGGGGCUGGGGGCGGGGCCCACCUGGAGAACGACUCCAUCCAGCAGACCAGCUGCAGCCUGGACCGCCGCUGGAGGAACAUCUGCGCCAUGAGCAUGGAGCGCCGGAUGAGGAUCGAGGAGACCUGGCGGCUCUGGUCCAAGUUCCUGGACGACCACGCCCGCUUCGAGGACUGGCUGCGGUCGGCGGAGGUCACGGCGGCCAACCCCCAGUCUGCCGACGUGCUCUACACCACCGCCAAGGAGGAGCUGAAGAAGUUUGAGGCCUUCCAGAGGCAGGUCCACGAGAGGCUGACCCAGCUGGAGCUGGUCAACAAGCAGUACCGCCGGCUGGCCCGGGAGAACCGCACGGACGCCUCCGGCCGCCUGAAGGCGCUGGUCACGGAGGGGAACCGGCGCUGGGACGUCCUGCAGCGGCGGGUGGCGGCCGUGCUGCGCCGGCUCAAGCACUUCACGUCCCAGCGGGACGACUUCGAGGGCACCCGGGAGGGGCUCCUGGUGUGGCUGACGGAGAUGGACCUCCAGCUCACCAACGUGGAGCACUUCUCCCAGAGCGACGUGGAGGACAAGAUGAGGCAGCUCCACGUGUUCCAGAAGGAGAUCACCCUGAACACGGACCGCAUCGACGGGCUCAUCGUGUUCGGCGAGCAGCUGAUCCAGAAGAGCGCGCCGCUGGACGCGGUGCUGCUGGAGGACGAGCUGCAGGAGCUGCACGCCUACUGCCAGGAGGUGUUCGGCCGCGUGGCGCGCUUCCACCAGCGCCUCCUCAACCGGAGACCGUCCCCCCAGGUCCUGGAGGAGGAGCGGGACCUGGACGACCUGGAGGACCUGGAAGACCUGGAGGACUCCGUCGACCUGGGGUCGAGGUCCCCCUGGGGGGCCGGGGAGAGGGCGGGGCCCGGGGCCCCGGUGCUCCUCCUCGGGGGGGGCCAGGCCACGUGCCACCUCCUGGUGCCGCCCCUGGAGCGCUCGGGCCGCGGGACCCCCGCCAGCCUGGACUCCAUCCCCCUGGAGUGGGACCACACGGUGGACGUGGGGGGGUCUUCGUCCCACGAGGACGAGGAGGAGGCCACCUACUUCAGCGCCCUGUCGGAUGGAAGGGUCACCAAGAGGUCGGAGUCCGUUCUCAUGGCGAAGGCCCGGGCCAUGGUGGCUGCCUCUGUGAAGUCUGGUUCUGAAGGUCCCAGCUGGCACCAGCCCUCCAGCCCAGACAUGAAGCCCAGAGAGGGCCUCCGAGGUCGGACUGCCUCCCCCCCACACACCCCUACCUCCCCCUCACCACAGCAAGGCUACGCCAAGCUGAUGUCGGAGUGCAGCGGCCACAUCGACAGCGUGAAGCGGGUCAAACUGGUGCUGAACGACGAGGAGGAGCUGGAGAAGGCCGGACUCACCUGCAGCACGGCUGAAAAACACACCUGCACAGGUGUGAUCGAACGCUGGGAGCUGUUCCAGGCUCAGACCAUCUGCAAUGAGCUGGACAUCCACCAGGACCUGGAGCAGUGGAAGAAGCUCAACUCUGACCUCAGUGAUGUCACUUCUUGGCUGGGCAGAAUGGGGCCAGAGCUGGAGGAGCUCCAGAGGCUCGCUCCAGCCACCAGCCUCCAGGAUAUAGAACGCAACAUCUGGAAGCUCAAGGACAUGCAGAGGACGUUAAACCGCCACAAGGGCGUGGUGAUCUCCAUCAACCUGGGCAGCCGCCACUUCCAGCGGGGGGACAGCCCCGAGGUCCGCAGGCUCCAGGAGGACCUCCAGGAGGCCAACCAGCGCUGGGCCGGGGCCUGCGCCGGCCUCCAGGCCUGGGAGACCGGCCUGCAGGGGGCGCUCAUGGAGUGCCAGGAGUUCCACGAGACGCUCCACUCCCUGCUGUUGGGGCUGGCCCGGGUGGAGGGCCGCCUCCAGGCCUGCAGCGCCCUGGACGCCCGCGCCCCCCGCCCCGCCCUGCUGGCCCAGAGGCAGCUGCUCACGGAGGUGCAGGAGGAGCUGCGGGGCCAGCAGCAGCAGGUCUCCUCCCUCCAGGAGAUCUCCUCCCAGCUGCUCCUGGAGGUGACGGAGGAGGACGGCCUGGAGGCCAAGGAGAAGGUCCACGUCAUCGCCAACAAGCUCCGCCUCCUGCUGAGGAGGGUGGGCGGGGAGCUGGGCGCCCUGCGGGGGAGGCUGGUGGGUCACGUGAUCACUGCCCGCCAUGAAACCGGUCAAACCAGCUUAGAGACGGACGGCCCGGACCUUGGCCCACCAGCCCCACCUCCGGAGCUCCAACAGGAGGACGUCGGCAUGGCAACGGGAGCCCCCCCACCUGCCCCCGUAAGACCCCAGGCCGGUCGGCGAGACGCCUCCCCGCCGCGCUCCUUCUUCCAUAGGGUUCUCCGGGCGGCCCUCCCCCUCCACCUCCUCCUCCUGCUGCUGAUGGUGCUGGUGUGUCUGGUGCCCCUGGCGGAGGAGCCCUACAGCUGCACCCUGGCCAACAACUUCGCCCGCUCCUUCUACCCCAUGCUGCGCUACACCAACGGACCCCCGCCCACGUGAUCCUCCGCCCGCCCGCCAGCCGCUCGGGACGUCAGGGGGUGGUGGAGGUGUCAGCGACUUUGGGUGGAGGUGGUGGUUCUCAGGAGAUCUGGGGCCGGAGGAGACCCCCACUUUGGGUGGAGGUUCAGGGUGGUGCUCGGUUUGAAGCACCCGGUUCCCGUAUGCUCAGAUCUUUUUAAAUGGACUCCUUGGAGGGGGGUCCCGAGGGUGAGUUGGACCAGGGUUGGGACCCACCUCACCUUUAAGGACUUUGAGACAAGAGCCCGCUUGUGCAUCUGGUCGACGUAUGUUUUUGCUUUCUUUCAAUAUGUAUUUAUUUAACGUUUCGCUCAGUGGAGCUUUUCUUUGGCCUAAAUCGUGUGGUUUGGUUUUAAACGUAAUUUUUGUGUCGACACCUCGGCCAAGUCCAAGUCCUCCCCGUUCCCCCUCGCGCUUCCAGUGCCCAGAACAUUGAAGAGCUUUAUUUUCAUGCCUAUUUUCCUUGGGCUAGCCUCGUCUCCUUGUGUGGUUCGGACGGACGAAGCCCAGCUGGGAAGUCCAGGUCUGGGUUGCUACACGCCAGACGGAUCCCAAUCACGGCCGCUGCCGUUCCGACGUAUUGCAGCAUGUCAGGGUUUGGACCGAAGGCUAACUCAACGAAUCAGCCAGUUCUUGUCAGCAGAACUGUUGUCAUUCAGACAACACGUUCCUGACUCUUUACCCCUGCUCGUCACUGUUUAUAUGUUGAGGGGAUUAAGAAAGUACACAGAUUAGUCAUAUCUCAAAGUUUGUUAUUAACCACCCCUGUCAGGCCCUCAAUACAAGCCGUGAAUCACAAGGCGUUUGUUUUAUGCUCCUUGAUGCGCCAGGAGGGUGGGCCUCCUCUCUUAGGUACAGUAAAACCAUCACUCCUUUUGCCAAGCUCGGGGAAAUUACGUAAUCGAAAAAUGCCAAAAUAACGCCAAAUCAUACGUCAUUGUCAGAAUACAAAAUUGCCGUUAGAAUUCCACCCACCUGGCACACCGGCUGUGUUAAAACAAAUGCUGCCUUGAGUGUUUGUGCGUGUGUGUUGUUGCAGUCAGCAUAUGUAUCGUGUGGAACUGAAAUGCUGCCCCCAGUGUCGCUCCACUGCCGCGUGGUUCCCCCUCCAGAUGUUUGGCUCCUAUUUUACCAACACUUAUCUGGUAGAACAUCCAGAUGUUUGGCUCCUAGACUAACCAACACUAAUCUGGUAGAACGUCCAGAUGUUCUGCUCCUCUAGAGGUACCUGGGUUAGUCCGAGCUCCAGAUGCAGAAUGAAUGUGAUCCUUUCAGGGGAUCUAUGAAGGAGCAAGAGGAGGAGCAGCAGAUCCACAUUAAGGCCUUUGGGAUGAACUUCUCCUGCAGUACGGUGAGACGAAGGGAUCCGACUCCUUCACAUAGAGCCGUUUGAAUAUUUUUGUAACACGAUGAUAAGUUCAACCAAUCACUGCCUGAGGACCACAGACACGCACGGCAGAGACACAAGCACGGUGUACAGUUUAUUAUGGGAUGUAUUGAUUGUCAUUCUGAGAAAAGGCAUUAAACAUGCUUUGGUCAUGGUGUGUUUCCAAA